CCGUCAUAUAUCUUUUUGGUUUUUGCUUCAGAAAACGUUUUGAAAAAUACAUGGAAAACGGGGGAAUGAGAUGUGUUAGGUUUGAGGAGCCGUGGUGCUUGCUGUUGGCUUCUGUGUAACUACAGGUGAAGGUUACUUUUCUGGUGAAAUUUGUUCCCCCAUGGCAGCAAUCUAAUCUUUCCCCUGGAGAAAGCUGGGGAGGAAAUCCAGCGUGCGGUGUUUGUCUCAGUGCUCAGAUUCCUCUCUGUUGCGUGCGGUGUGUUUCUGAAGUCAGCAGCUAGAUUUUCACUUGUCUGCUUUGUAGUUAAUGUUACAAGAGGCAUCUUAUGGUUCUUCACACCUUUACUGUAAUUAAUUUUCUUGUAAUUGUGUCUGGACAGCUAUAAACAUUAGCUUAUCUCAAGGGUCUGAGGAUGUACUAAUAAUAAUGAUGUGGAAGAAUCCUUCAGUGGCAAAUUUGGAAAUAUAUUGAAUUUUCAUUUCUUGAGUGGUUCCUUUUGGAUUAGGUUAAUGAGUCAUAGGAAAGCAAGCCAGAAUAUUUAUCUUGUAUAGAGUCAACUAUAUGGGCAUGGGAAUUUGAGAGAUGUUUGUAAAACUUUCUUUGGAGACCUCCGGUGUCGGAGGCAGAGCAAUCUCCCCACACAACUACUUUGUAUGCUCAUUAGGAAAAAUUUUGCAGCUGGAAGGACAAUAAUAUACUUGAAUCCUCUCUGCUGUAAUUUGAAUCCAUUUCCAGUCACAACUAUAAAUGAUUUGGGGAACAGCUUAUUCCUGUUUUCUUUAAAGCUGGCUCUUAUGUUUGGUUUUGUUUUGGAGUUUUUUUGUUCUUUUUAAUCAGGUCUCCUCUAUUUUAACUUAAACAUUCCCAGUUACCUUAAUCUUUUCCUGUAUAUUAUGCAUUUAAGCUCUGAUCAUUCUUGAUCCUCUUCUCUGGGCUGAUUCCAAUUACUUCAUAUAUUUGACUCAAUUUGAAGGGCAGUAUUCAAAACUGGACAGAGUACUGCAGCUGAACUAUAAACAGUAGUGAGUAGUAUGGAUGAGUUACGUGCUGUCGAAGCUUUACUUCUGUUUACGCAUCCUGGUAUGGAUGGCAUGCUUGCUGCUGGCAUAUUCACCUUACGUUUCAGCAUAAGCUCCAGGUCUCUUCUGCACAACUAUAACCUAGGACCUGUGGGAUUUAAGAAUAUCUCUCCUAAGAAAAUUUGCUGCUUCUACAGCCUUCCAUCUUAGCAUGCAAUUGAUGAUUUCACUUGAAAUACCUAUCUGAAGAAACUAACAGUAAGCGAGGUGUAAUUGCUUUUUAAAAAUGUUAAAAGUUCAGCAGUGUGUAACAGCUGACAGGAUACCCAAGAAAAAGCCAUAUACUUGUGACAUUUGCUAUAAACAAUUUGAAACUCCAUCAAAAUUAGCUAGGCAUUAUCUGAUACAUACAGGUCAAAAGCCAUUUGAAUGUCAUGUAUGCCAUAAAACAUUUAGGCAGCUAGUCCACCUGGAGAGGCAUCAGUUAACCCAUAAUCUGCCUUUUAAGUGUAUUGUUUGUCAUAGAAACUUCAAAAACUUAAUCACUUUCUUAAAGCAUCAGCAGCUUCAUAAUGAGAAUUAUCAGAAUGAUACCAAGCAAGCAGAAAACUCUGUGGAUUUUGAGCAAGACAGGGUCACUUAUGGCAUAUUUCGAUGUUCUAUGUGCUGGAAAUCUUUUUCUACUGAAGAGAGGUGGAUGCUGCAUCAGUGCCUGAAGGCAAAUCAUCUACGUGGUGCCAGAAGGAGAAAGAAAACUCAUGUUUGUGAAUCGUGUAACAAGACAUUUCCAUCAAGAUCUAAGCUAGAAAGACACUUCCUUAUUCACACUGGCCAGAAACCUUUUAAGUGUCCUUCAUGCAGUAAAUCUUUCAGACAGUCAACUCACUUGAAAAUCCAUCAGCUCACACACACAGAAGAAAGGCCUUUUCAGUGCUGCUUUUGUCAGAAGGGGUUUAAAAUACAGAGCAAACUCAUGAAGCACAAACAGCUCCAUGCCAGAAAUAAGACUUUCCACAAUAUUUUAUACAAAGCAAAGACUCUUAAAUAUCCCAGAACACAGCACCUGUUGGAAGGAAGGAAGGAUAGUUUUGAGAAUGCUGACGCUUACGAGUCACGGGAGAAUGAGUCACACGAUGUUCACUCAAUUUAUAUUGUACCCUUUCAGUGCCCAGCAUGUGAGCAGUGUUUUGAAACUGAGCAGGUUCUAAAUUUGCACAAAUGUUGUUGUCUGAGAGAUGGAAAAAGUUCAAAUUAUGGUACAAUGGCAUGCAGCCACACUGUCAGCAUGAAAAAUAAGAUCCUGAUGAAGCUGAAGCAUACUGGAGGAAAGGCAACAGAUUUUUCUCUGUCUGACAGAAGAAAAAAAAAAUCAGGUCACUUUAAAAGUCCUGACCUGGUUGCAGCUAGAGAUCAGCAUUCCGAUCAGCAUGCUUCCACUAAACCUUUCAAGGAUUGCCGUAGCAAGCACAGGGCACGUAGUAACCGGAUGAAAAGAACGUUUGCUGUGCCAUUACCUUGGCAAGAGCACCCGCAAACUCACAACUUUGGAAUUAAUUUAAAAGGUAUGCUUACUGGUGAAAGCACGUUAAACUUCGAUGAUUCACUGCAUAAUAAAGAUGAUGCUUUUUAUGGUUCAUCAGAUGAUUUCUUUGAUAAUCCAGAAGUACUUCACUGUGCUUUUUCAGCUUCUGCUAAAAAUAUACAUAACAGACACAAAGUGUGUAAAUGUGACAGAUGUGAAAAAAUCUUUCCGUCUUCAUCCAAACUUCAAAGACACUAUCUUAUACACACGGGACAGAAGCCCUUUGGCUGUAAUGUUUGUGGGAAGACAUUUAGACAGUCAGCUCACUUAAAAAGACAUCAGCUCACCCAUACUGAAAAGAGACCCUAUAAAAGCUCCGUUUGCCAGGUAGAAUUUGAAAACCUGAACAAACUUUUCAAUCAUCAGGGAGAUCACAUUGAAUUUAAGUCUUCUCAGCCUGUGGGUUAUUCAGGUUAUUCUCAAACACCUUCACAGGCAUCUGGCUUUCAAGAAUUGGAGCUGAUUCAGUCAAACCAAGCAGCUGAAAUCAAAGUUGAAGUUGAGUCAGGGGACUUUGUUCUCAACACCAGCAGUAGAAACGCACAGCCAUAUUUGUGUAGUAAAUUGCUGGAAACUGAGCAGAGCUGUUACAGCUAUUGGCAUGAUUUUUCUGAAGGUACUGAAAAAAGCAAAGUUAACAGAUUGUAUCAAUGCAGUAUCUGCUUUAAAACUUUUAAAUCACCUUCUAAGCUUGAAAGACAUUACCUAAUGCAUGCUGGACAGAAACCAUUUGAAUGUUUAGUUUGUGGUAAAAACUUCAGACAGGCCCCACAUUUGAAAAGACAUCACCUUAUUCACUUUAAAGAGAGCCUAAAGCUGAGUUCUGCUGAGCAACAACCAGAGAAUAUAUUGGUUUUAUCAAAACUGGCUAAUGCCCUAUGAAAUUAUAUAUAAACAUUUUUGGUUGAAUAAUUAUUAAAAGGCUUAUGUUAGACCAAACAAUUGAAUGAAGGGGGUGAUCUUUUCCUAUUAUGGAGAUGACCUGCUGAAGAGUUAAUUUACUGUCUUCAAAACUGUCUAAUUGAUAUAAUUUGUGAUGAAUGUGAGAAGGUAUUAAAAACUCGUGCAGGAAAAAAGUCACUCUGCAUUUCUUUUCCUAAAUUAAUUCAUAAAUACACAUUCUUACUGUAUUAAUGGUGUUGCAACGAUCUGCAGUGCUCUAUGAAUCAGAAGAGUUAUACCUUUUCCCAUAUAGUGUUUUAUGACAUUAUGCUGUCCAAUGGUAACUACCAGAUAAAGAUAAAAAGGUAAUUUCCAGAAUACAGAAAAAACAGUUCUUUUACUUUCUUCUCAUUUCCUAUAUGAUGCAAACAAAGGACACUUGCUGUAUUUAUUUCAUACUUAAAAGAAAGAAUGGUUAUUUUUAGGUAAAAGAUGCAAAAAAGAAGAAAGUAGGAAAAGGGGAAAAAUGUAAUGAGAAAAAUGUUGAUGUGGCAUUAUGGAAUAGUUAAUAGAAAAAAUUUAACUGCUUUGUAAUGUGCUUGGCGAUCUAUGGAUGAGGAAUUAGAUCUUUUCCAUUUUUAUGAUAAAAUAUAAGUAGACAAUACUAAAAUAGUGGGAUUUAUAAUCAAUUAAUCCAUUUCUUCAUUAUCUCCUCUUCUACGUAUAUCCCUUGCCUUUUCUAGCUUUUUUGGCCAAUUCAUACAAUACUGAACUAUUUUUCUGCAAGAAAAGAGGACAAGGAAUUUUCAUUAACAUUACAAACGGGCUUACUAUCUGUUCCAGUCUCCUUUCCUUCUAGCAUACAUAUUGCACCAGUAAAAGAAAUGUUCUUUAAGAUGUGAUAAUAACUCAGACGAGCAGUUUUGUCGGGAAGUCAUGUUCUCAUUACAUUAAAUAUAAGAGACUGAAAAUUACUUUUAGCUCAAAUUAAGUAAUUCUGAUUUUGUAUUAAUAGAAUCUGUAGCUCUACUUUCUGGUAAGUAGAGAGCUUUGCCCAUUGUGCCUGUGGGGUUUGGCAAAAAGUGUAAGUGUGGUGGAGCUUUAUGAACAAGAAUGAAGUUUGUUUUGUUUUUUUUUUCCUUCUGAAAAACUACCUUUUAGGGUGUUUUCCUUUGUUAUGCAACUUCUGAAUAUUUGAAACCUGAAGUUUUUAAUCCUAUUUCUAAAUUAACAUAUCUGUAAGAUACAUGGCAUUCUUAUCACUAUUUAAAUAGAUUCAUAUUUAUUUAAGUAAAAUGGUUUUGAUUUUUUUUUUAAUUUUUGAAGUGAUUUAUCUAGGUUUUGCUGUGGCAUGAGCUUUGUAGUAUUUAGUAUAAAUGAAGAGUGAAGGGAGUUAUUAUUUUAUUUUCGUACAUGUUAUUCUUUCCCAUUUUCAGAGAGAAUAAAACCAGGAAAGAUACUCAGAAACAGUCUGUAGUUACUAUGAUUUUUGUAUGAUGGAUGAAUUCAGUAUGUUAAUAAUGACUAUAGUUAUAUAUUGAGAUUUUUUUCUUCCUAUGUGAAUUGUUUCAUAUUGAAAGACAAAAUACUGUAUAAAAUGUUUUGAAAGUGUAUUG